AUGCUGGACGGAGAAUCCUCUGUCUUGGCCGGCGGUCAACCGACCAUGGACUCCUCUUUAAGCCUCUCUGGUCAACCACUAUCCCUUGGUCUUUCCCAAGUUAAACAUCAUGAUGACUCAACCAAGAAAGAUCCCCGCAAAAUUGCUAGAAAGUAUCAGUUGGAGUUGUGCAAAAAAGCUAUGGACGAAAAUAUAAUUGUAUGUUUGGGGACAGGGUGUGGGAAGACCCACAUAGCUGUGCUUCUUAUGCAUGAGAUGAGUAAUUUGAUUUCGAAACCGCAGAAGAACAUAUGUGUCUUUCUUGCCCCUACAGUGGCUUUAGUUCAUCAGGUUUGGACAAAAGUUAUAGCAGACUCUACUGAUUUUAAGGUUGGAACUUUCUGUGGAAGUUCCAAGCGCUUGAAAGGUCAUCAAGACUGGAAGCAGGAGAUUGAACAAUAUGAGGUUCUUGUUAUGACCCCACAAAUAUUACUCCACAACUUAUCUCAUUGUUUCAUCACGAUGGAAAUGAUUGCACUUUUGAUAUUUGAUGAAUGUCAUCAUGCUCAAGUCAAAAGCAACCAUGCUUAUGCAGUAAUCAUGAAAAUUUUCUACAAAAGUAAUUCCACAAAGGUUCCCCGUAUAUUUGGCAUGACUGCAUCCCCUGUGGUUGGGAAAGGUAACAUGACAAUUCUUAUUUUCAAAAAGUUGAGUGCUAACAAGAGCCAGGUUAUUUGUUUGCCUCAAUUGCCUUUCAAUAUUGUUGAAUUACAGGAUUUAGGUGCUUCUAGUGAAGAAAAUCUAGCAAAAAGCAUCAAUAGUCUUGAACAUAUUCUUGAUGCAAAGUGUUUGCAUGGGGCUAAGAUUUAUGGAAAUGUAGUAUUUGGGAUCCAUACAAAGAUAUUGGUGCUGAGCUCUGCUGAAUUCUUUGUAUACACUGUUGACGACAAUGAAUUGCAAUCUUGUGUGACCACUCCGGUGAUUAAUAUAUAUCAUUAUGCUUCAACUACAAGGGCGGAAACUAGCUUGUACUUGAAAAUUGAGGAGAUUAAACGCCAGUGCAUAACAACCCUUGGUAGGAGUAUAGAAGAUCACCAAAAACGGAUGAAUACAAAGAAACUCCUGAGCCGGAUGCAUGAUAACGUGGUUUUCUGUCUAAGGAAUCUUGGCAUUUUGGGAGCACUUCAAGCUAGUCAUAUUCUUCUGAGUGGUGAUCAUUCUGAGAGGCAUGAAUUAGUGGAGGCAGAAGGAAAUUCAAGUGAUGACUCUCUGUGUGAUAAAUAUCUUUCUCAGGUUGCUGAACUAUUGACAUCACAAAUUGUGACUGCAAGAUCCCUGUCAUAUAUACUCCAGAAGCUAAAGCUUCUAAGACAAUGGAGAAGUGAUUAUCUAGUAGGAGUACAUGCUGGACUGAAGAGUAUGUCACGAAAGACCAUGAGCAUCAUUGUUGAUAAGUUUCGCACUGGAGUGUUGAAUUUGUUGGUUGCAACCAAAGUGGGUGAAGAAGGACUUGACAUUCAGACGUGUUGCCUUGUCAUACGAUUUGAUCUUCCGGAAACCGUUGCUAGCUUUAUACAGUCAAGAGGCCGUGCACGUGUGCCUCAGUCUGAAUAUGCUUUUUUGGUGGACAGUGCCAAUAAGAAGGAGCUUGACAUAAUUGAAGGUUUUGAGAAAGAUGAACACCGAAUGAAUAUGGAAAUUACUUCUCGAACAUCUGAUGAGACAUAUAUCAUCCCUGAGGAAAGAAUUUUCAGAGUUGAUUCGUCCGGUGCUUCUGUUAGUUCUGGAUGUAGUGUCUCAUUGCUUCACCAGUAUUGUUCCAAGCUUCCACAUGAUGAGUAUGAACCAAAUUAUAUACUCAACUAA